UUUUGUAUCUGAGUCAUCUCCACGUGCAAUGUGAGAUGCAAAUGCACCACGUGGAUUUCUAUAUUGAUCUUAAUAUUCAACAUUAUUAUACGAAAUUGUAAAUAUUUGUAUUAUAAUUCUUAAUGUAAAUAUAUAAACAUAAAAAAUGAAUGUAAUACCGUGUACAGUUUGGGUAAAAAAAGGUGUUGCCUCUACAACCCCUCAAAAGGUUCAAUUGACACCACAAGAGUUGGAACUGAUUAUAAAACAAACACAAUUUGAAUUACAAGAUGCUGAAAAUGAUUCAGAUGGAGAACAGGAUAACACUAAAGAACAGAAAAUUGAAAUAGAAUCCGAGCUUGAUGUAACUGAUGAAUAUAACUUUGACAAAUAUGAUGAAGAAUCCAGUAACAUACAUUGCAGUAUUAAGAAUAUUGCAUCUUUUGGAGAAGAUGGUAAAGAUCCCUUAGUGACAGGGGAAGAUGAUGAUUCUGAAAAAGAAGAUGAUGCUAUUAAAAGUGAUGACAAUCUUGUAUUACUAGGACGUGUUGAUGGAGAUGCUAGCAUUUUAGAAAUAUUUGUUUAUAACGAAGCUGAAGGUUCGUUUUAUUGUCAUCAUGACAUAUUGUUGCCAUCAUUCCCAUUGUGUAUAGAAUGGCUUAAUUAUGAUCCUGCAGAUUCAAAACUAAGUAAUUUAUGUGCAAUUGGAAAUAUGACUUCUGUAAUAGAUGUAUGGGAUUUGGAUUUAAUAGAUUGCUUAGAACCAGCUUAUAAACUUGGUAGAAAACCAAGUAAAAAGAAAAAUCAAAAACGUGUUGGACACAAGGAUGCUGUGUUAGAUUUGGCAUGGAAUGAAAAUUAUGUACAUGUUCUUGCUAGUGGGUCAGCUGAUCAAACAGUUCUACUAUGGGAUUUAGAGAAUGGAACACCUGUCAAUAAGUUUGCUUCUUUUAAUGAAAAAGUUCAAUCAAUACAGUGGCAUCCAACAAAAACACAUCAGCUAUUGACAGGUUGUGCAGAUAAGGUAGUGAGAUUAUUUGACUGCAGAUAUCAAACAAUUGUGAAAUGUUGGGAAGUAUCAGGAGAAGUAGAAAGAGUGUUAUGGAAUCAUUUUGAUUCAAAUUACUGUAUAGUAAGUACUACUAAUGGAUACUUACACUAUGCUGAUAUUAGAGAAGAUAAACCUAUUUGGAGUAUAGAAGCUCACACAAACGAAGUUACAGGUUUAUCUCUUAGCUCAUCAUGUCCUGGUCUUCUUGUUACCUCGGCAAAUGACGGUAUUAUAAAAAUAUGGGAUAUUAUUAAUACCGCGGAACCACAGUUAAUUUUAGAAAAGAAAAGUAAUCUUGGUGCCCUACUAUGUCUUGCACCAAAUCCAGAUAACCCGUUUGUAUUUGCUGCUGGCGGAGACAGCAAAUCAUGCAACUAUAAAGUAUUUAAUUUCUUGGAUAUACCAGAAGUACGCGAAAGAUUUCAAUCUAGAAUAGAUGCUGCACCGAGAGGGAAUAAUCACAAUACCAGUCCACAAGAUGAUACAGAAGAAAUGGUGGAUGUAACUGAAAAUAUGGAUUCAAUGAUGCUUAACGCGCGUGGACCGAAAACAUUAACUAAACACAAAAAGGGCAGUACAUAUAACAAAACAUAUGUAAAUGUAAUUGCGAAGAGAAGCAACAGUUUGUUAUAUCAAAUUGGGCUGGGUGGUAUGGAUAUAUCAGAUGAAAUGGAUAAAUCAUGGGAUCAUCCAUGGACUACAGAAGAAAUGCGAAAAAAAAGAAGAGAAUGGAGUUUAGCAGGUGAUGCAGGACUUCUCAAACAUCUUCAGCAAUUUUCUGAAAAUUUGGUAUCAAAAGCUAACAAAGUUGAGGAGACCUUGGAUUCACUGACAACUCAGUUACAUGAAACAACAAUAUUUAUAGAUAAUGUUACUAAUAGAUCAUUAGCUUUAGCCAAUACUCAAUUUAUUGAGAGCCGUGUACAAGAAGAUGAUAUAGAGAUUGAAAAGAAAGUAGAGACCUCAGUACAGGAAUGUAAAGAUCAGGAUUUAGUAGCUGCAGAGUUAAUAGCCACUGUUAGCGAUAGUAUAAAACAAGGACUGAAUAUAAUGAAUGAAAAAUAUAAAGAAAUGGAGUUUGUUGAUAGUGAUAGCGAAGAAGAAGAAGAUGAAGACAAUAAAGUAGUACUAAGCGUUGUGGGACCAAAUAAUCCAUACCAAGAUCGACCUUUACCUUAUGUCAUUGGCUCUGAAAAAUGGAAAAAUUCAAGUAAAAUUGGUUUAGAAAGUAGUAGUAGUAGUGAAUCAGAGCAAGUAGAUGAGGAGGAAUCAGACAGCGAGGCUGAUGAUACUGCAGCAUUCAAGAAUCUUAAUCUGGAUCCUAAAUCAAACCUAGUUGGAUUAUUACCUUCUUUGAAUGAUACUUAUAAUAAAAGAAAUGAUAUAACAUACAUGGAUAAUGACAAAAUGGAUGUAGUCAGUCAAAAUAAUAUAGAUUCUAUUUCUGAAUCAGUUACUCCUAAUAACAGUGUACCAAAGGUAUCAUUAUCAAAUGAUUCAGCACCAAAUUUUGCAGAAGAAUUAGCUAAACGAUUAGGUACCGUUCGACAAGCUCAAAAACCAACUGUUAUGGACGAAAAGAGUGAUGCGUCGAUAAAUCGAUUUAAAGAGGAUCUGUUUGCACCGGAAGAAGAUGAAAAUGUUUCAAUUGAUAAAUCGAAAAAUAUACUUAGUGAGAGUAAAAAGUUUGUAAAUGACCAAUCUUCGGAAAAUCUGUGGAAGGAAAAACCGAUCAAACCUUAUAAGAAUAAUAUCAUACCAGCUAGCAUUGAUGUACCACCUCCAAUUAGUGCAAUUUCUACUAAACCAAAAUCAGCAAUUGAUGAUUUGUUUGCUGAUGCUGAUUCCGAAGAUUCCGAUGAUAUAUUUUCAUCAAAGAAUACAGUGAAAACAAUUACAAAAAAUAAACACUUAAGUAACAGUAAUGUCUUGGCAGAUAAAGAAAAUGCGCAAAAGAAAUUUUUAGACAUUGUGGCACCAACUCACAUGGCUACAAGUACGCCGGACAUUGAUGUAAAUACUACUAAUCUGUUUAGCGAUGAUGAAGAUAUGGGCGAUCUCUUUGGAUCAUCUAAAAAUCAACCACAAAAUAAAAAAAAACCUGUAGGAGGAAUCUCGAUACUGGGAAAUAUUUUAACUACAGAUGUUGAAAACAAAUUAUCGAGUAGGAUCUCGCGGACCCAGUCGUCUGGAUCUUCCGGUACUAAUACGCCAACGACUUAUGGAAGCAGUACAAAUAACGAACCUGUGAAUGAUCGUUCGCGAAAUAAUGUGUCGAAUGAUAAUGUUAAUGAACGAGAUUCUAUUGAGAUAGCAAGGAAUAACGCAGUAAAUUUAGCCGUCCCAAAUGAAAGCAACUAUAGUAGUGGAAUAUCGAACCCGUCAUGGAGUAUUAAUAACACAGUUGGUUCGAGCAUAGGUAUUAAUUCACCGCAGAUGACAUCGACCCGUUUAAAAUCGGAGGAGAUCUAUCGUGAAAGGGUAGUCAGCGACAGUCUAUUCUCAGCACAAACUCGCAACCCGAUCAGUGUUACCCCGAAUUCGACGAACAAUCAGUCGCAGAGAGAAUCAAACGAGAACGUUCUAUCUACGGAACAGGAUGAUGUGUUCGAAAACGAAGAUCUGUUUGGUCCACCUCCGCUACCGAAAGCGGACUCUAAGCUAGCAAAGUCGAAGGUGUCCUCCCUCUUCGACGACUCCGAUUCCGGUGACGAAUUAUUCUCAACGACUAGUUCGGGUUCUAGAUCUCAAAAGAGCAGCGAUUUCUUCACGUCCGGUGUACAACAUCCUGAAAAGGCGAAAACUACUCCUCGAAAAGGUCUCUUCGACGAAGAAAUCGACAUAUUCGGUAACAAAGACUCGCCGGACAUCGAUAUCUUUGGUAUAGCGUCGAAAUCACCGGCCAAACCGGAAAACAAUAUUUCCAGUUGGAAAAUUCCGGACAUAUCGAACGAUGGCCUCUUUGCGAGCAACGCCAAAGACACGAUAAUAAAAAGUAACACGAUGGAGAGGAAUCAAAGCGUUGGAGUAACGAAAAAGAUCAGCCUGUUCGAUGAUGAGGAGGACAUCGAUGACGGAGAUUUAUUUGGCUCGAAGCCUGUUAAAAAUGAAGCCAAAAGCGAAUCUCGUAUCUUGAAGGAUGAUGAUGAUGAGAAGAAGAAGAAGGAGAAAGAGCAUAAGGAGGAAGAUGAAUUGUUCUCUGCUAAGAAACAAGCAAACGACAAAUCUUCUAUAGGAACGACUGCAUCGGGUACAGAUAACGUCGAGCAAGAUGUAUCCACUCUUUCGAGUGAAAAAGUGGAUAAGAAUGUUCUGUCGGGUAACAGUUUGUUCUCCAACACUAUUGGAACACACGGAUUGGUCUUCGAAGAUGACGAUUACGAUGAUCUGUUUAGUACAAAGUCUACUAAGAGCGUGAUUAAGGAAGAAACGAAAAAAGAGAGCGUACGAUCAAAAUCAGAAACAAUAGAUGAUACGAAAGAGGCUUUAGCUAAGGAGAUCAAAACGUUAGAUGAAUCUAAUAUAUUUGCAAAGGCUGAAGAACCGAGCGCCUUUGAUACAACGUCGAACAAAGUAGAAGAAAAGAAUGAUAAAGAUGUACAUAGAGUCUCUUCUGCGGAACCUAGUGUCGCAGAAGAUAUUGAAAACGAGACGAAGAAGAGUCCUCCGAAAUCAUUAGACAUUCAAACAGUUGCUUCGUCAUCUCCGUCCGAGGAGAACGAUCAGGGAACGAAACGAACGGUUUCCGGUAAGAUAAAGAACUUGAUGGGAAAAAUGGGUGAUUUAAAGAUACUUUCACCUAUGGACGUACCACCUUUAUGGCGAAGAAGCGAAGAGAAAACGGACGAAGAAGAUAGUACAGCAGAUAGAGACAGCGAUGACGGCGGAUGCAUUAGUAUACAAGGUCAUAGUUCAUUAAGUGCAUCUGAGGAUAGUGCUACUCAGAAACAAUCCUUACAGUCGACGAUUUCAGGGGAAAGUAACGUAGAAAGUGCUAUUAGUUUUGAUGAGCCUGUUCAAGUAGAAACGCUAUCUACUACCGCUUCGAAGACGCGAGUCAGAAUACAAGCAAAACGUCGACCUCAGAGCAGAUAUGCACGUAAGUCAGCCUUAACACAAAUCGGAAUCGAUUUCGAUACUGUAGAUGCCUCAGAGAGCAACUCGCAACAUGACAGUCAUGGUAACCCGUCUCAGAAUAUUUUUAAUAAAGACCCAGUUUCGCAUACAGUUUCACAUACUGUCGCCACGAGUUCUGAUCGUUUGAUUUCUGAUAAUCUCCACCGGACCACCGAUGCUAAUAUUUUCUUAACCGCGGACGAUAAAUCUGAACUUGGUAGUUUAAGUAAAGAAAGUUCAAUGAGUGCUAAUAAGAACACUUUGCUAUCACCAUCCACCGACGAGGAAGACCUGUUCGAUGUACCACCAGAUUUGCCCGAAGAUCCACAAAAAGAGGAUACGCUGUUCGGUAGAGCCCCUAUUCUUUCGCCGGUAGAGCAAGUCAUUUCUGAAAGGGUGUCUACGAGUUUUAAACCAUUAAAAGAUACACAUAUCAAACAGAUUAACGGUACAGAUGGAGGGAUAGAGGAAAAUACCCAAAAGACAGAAGAGAACAAUGUAUUGGAUGAACCUAGUAAUGACUCUAAUGGAAAAAUUACGGUUCCACACAAGAGUGAGGAAGAAUUCAAAGAAGAUAACAUUGAAGCCAAAGACGAAUUGAAUGAUGUAGUUGAUCCAUUACGAGACAGCACUCACGAUCCGUUGAAAGAUCCCAGCCAAUUGUUUGCUUUCGUUACGAAAACACCGUCUCCAGAAAAGGGCAAAAAUCUAUUGUUUUCCGAGGAUGACAGCCUGUUUUCUAGCGGAGGUAAAAAGUCAACCGAAGAGCAAACCACGAAAAAGUCAGUCUUGGAUUUAUUUUCCGACGACAUGGGUGGUGAUUUAUUCUCGACACCUCUAACUAAACCUUUAAAGAAGCCUUUGAAGGAUGCGAAGAUUAGUCUGUUCGAUGAUGACGAGCAAGAUGACGAAGAUGAUAGUUUGUUUGGUCCCGUUGUAAAGAAAUCGUCGGUUAAAAGUGAAUCCAUAAAAAAGGCAGCCGUACAGCAAUCUGGGAAGAAACUAAGUUUAUUCGACGACGACGACAACGAUACCAAUUUAUUUUCCGAGUCAUCGGAGCAGACACAAAAGUCAGACUCCGGCAGUGUUCAAGAACAGUCAAACAAAAAUGAGAUUUUCGCGAGUAUCGUCGAGCCUGUGAAGACUUCGCACAUUACAGAUAUUUUUGCUGAUCAGUCAAGCGGAGAAGAUGAUAUCUUUGCAAGUAAAACUGUACCGAAGAAGGUCGUCACAUCGAAAUCAUUAUUUCCCUCUGACGAUGACGACGACGAUGGUGAUAAUAUUUUUGGUAAAAAAUCAACGACUGAAACCUACGUAAAGACUACGGAGACGCGCUCAACUAUUAAAAAAUCGGUCACAAAAGAUUUAAAGAAAACCGCUGAAAAGAUCGGCGAUGACCCUUUAAGUAUUUUACAGGAUGAUUAAUCGUUUUUAAUAGAUUCUAUAUAUUUAUAUUUAUAUUUGUUCCUUAAUUUUUAAGUUUCUCGAUUUGAUUUAAAUUAUAAUGUAUUAAAAAUUGAAUAUAUACAUAUAUACAGUGUGUCUCACUUAAACUGAUACAGAGCUUAAUGAUACAAAAAAUUGUUGAUAUGGAAAUUGCAUGGAAAAAGGGGGCCUAUGUUUUGGCCGAAGUGAAAAAUCUUUUGCAUUAUUAGUUUAAGAGAUAUGAUGGUCAAGUUUUGUAUUUUAAAU